AUCCUCCAAUCCCGCAGCACUUGCUCCUGCUUGCGGUUACAUCUCCCAGACUGAACACCAUUAACGCGGAGAAGCUGGAUUUGUUUGUUGUUCAUUCAUCCUCUGCGUUUUUUCCGCUUCACUUCAUUCGGUUUAUUUUGCAGCUCAUCUCUUCGGCGUUUGGUGGAGUCUACCUCUGCUGGGUUUCGGCUCCAUAUUUGCUGUUGUCGUUGUGGACCGUCAGAGAUCAGGGAUCCAGCAGCAGCAGCAGAAACAGCCGACGUUAAGUCCUCCGGGCUUUAAGGAUCAGGUUUUUAUUUAUAAACGCUUUACAUAAUCAGGUAAAACAGUGGUGGUUUUACGCUGCGUCUGCGCGCUGCGGUUAAGUGAAGUUUAUCUUGAAAUAUUAUUCUGCUGUAGCAAGACAUUUCUCCUCCCGAGUUCAUGCCAGAUCUGCAGCGCUUUAGUUUUAAGUACCAUAGCAUGAAUCCUUUGUUGGGGGCCAACACGCAUCUCCAGCAGCACCCCCAGCAGAGCCAGGCCCCCGGACACCCGGACUCCCCCUCCGCCCUCCUUCCCGAAGCCGCGUUCGGCGCACCGGACCCGGCGUCUCUUCUCCUGGGUGAUCAGGCCGCCCCGGGGCCCGAUCAGCCGGGACAUCCGCAGACCUCCCCUUACCUCCACCACACCCACAGCGGCCCCUACCAGCACCGCGCAGCCCCGCAGCAGCCGCCGCCGCAGCAGCAGCCGCACCCCCCUGCAGCCAUGGCCCUCAGGAACGACCUGGGCUCUAACAUCAGCGUACUCAAGACCCUCAACCUGAGGUUCCGAUGCUUUCUGGCCAAAGUACACGAACUGGAGCGCAGGAAUAAGAUACUGGAAAAGCAGCUGCAGCAGGCGCUGGAUGCCAACAAGGGCUGUCAGAGUGGAUGCUGUGAGAACAAGCUGCACACCCAGGAGGCCGGGGUGCAGACGGGGUUUGUAGGGACCAUCCCGCUCAGGCCGGGCUCUCUUCCCUUCCACAACACCAACAACUCAGCAAGGAGGCCCACGAGCCUGUUCCCACCUUCAUUUGCAACAACCUACCCACCAGCAGGCUCUGAAAACUCCAGCUCUACCCAAACCAGUGGCACCUGUAACCCAGCCAUCACCAUCAGCCAGGCCUCGCCGUGUGUGGACUCUCCAGGGUCGAAUAAAACAACCCAGAGCUGCUCCACCAACCCUCCUCCACGUUUCCUCCCGGGGACCAUCUGGUCUUACAACCACACUCGUAAGUUUGGCCCCGGGGCAGAGCGCCUGCCAAGCCCCGGGGUGUCCUGGAUGCACCCGGAUGGAGUCGGGGUCCAGAUUGACACCAUCACCCCAGAGAUUCGAGCGCUCUACAACGUCCUGGCCAAGGUGAAGCGAGAGAGAGACGAGUUCAAACGCAGAUGGGAGGAAGAAUACACAAUGAGGAUGGACCUGCAGCAGAAGAUUGCAGAUCUUCAAGAGGACCUGCAGGAGAGUGAAGGCUGUCAGGACGAGCUGGCUCUCAGGGUGCAGCACCUGAAGGCGGAGCUGGUUCUCUUCAAAGGCCUCAUGAGCAAUAAUUUGUCUGAGUUGGACACCAAAAUCCAGGAGAAAGCCAUGAAAGUGGACAUGGACAUCUGCAGACGAAUCGACAUCACUGCUCGGCUGUGUGACGUCGCGCAGCAGAGGAACUGUGAAGACGUGAUCCAAAUGUACCAGGUUCCAAACAACCAAUCAUCUCUGAGUAUCCGGCGCAAGCCGACGCCCCUGUCCUUUAACGGGAGCGAAUGUGAUGAACCCGUCAGCAGCUCUGAAGGCGAAGUGGGCGUGGCUAAAGAAGAGGAGCACUUUGGGUCUUCAGCCAGUCAGAUCAACGAGGAGAUGCAGAGGAUGCUGACUCAGCUACGUGAAUGUGAGUUUGAGGACGACUGCGACAGUCUGGCCUGGGAGGAGACUGAGGAGACUCUGCUUCUUUGGGAGGAUUUCCCAGGAUGCACUCUGCCUCCAGAUCCGACCCAUCCCCCAGGAGAGGAGGAGGACUGUCUGGAAAAGGUGAUUAAUGACACAGAGUGUCUGUUCAAGUCCCGCGAGAAGGAAUACCAAGAGACAAUUGACCAGAUUGAGCUGGAACUGGCCACGGCCAAGAGCGACAUGAACCGACACCUGCAUGAGUACAUGGAGAUGUGCUCGAUGAAGAGAGGCCUGGACGUUCAGAUGGAGACCUGCAGGAGGCUCAUCACUCAGAGUGGAGACAGUAAUCCUGUCGUACCGUCAGAGGAGAGCGACCAGAGAGACACCGACAGGUCUUCAUCCUCCCCGCCCUCUUCGUCGAGCAAUGGGAGAUCUUGACACUUCGUCACUCGGCCGUUGAAGGACGCUGCGUUCAUGUGACCUCUGCUACAAACAGCGACAGUACCACACCGCAUACACGCGAAACUACGGCGACACCGUGUUUACAUUUGAGGAAAUUCAUUGGAGAUAUUCUGUAAUUAAUUGGCAAUGUGUUGCCCAUACAGAUCAGUCUGAAGGAAACCUAAAAUUCAGACUGAUUGAUCUGAGACUUUAAGAAAGUUAAGAUCCCGAACUGAUUGUUAGAAAAACAAGCUGCUGUUAAUUAUUGUGAUACAGGGAGGUAACAAAAACUACAAACUAACUUAUUUAAAUCUUCAAAUCAUCAUGCACUUCAUCAGUGGUGAUAUAUGAGCAAUAUUUAAAACUCUUAUCCUCAGUAAAGUUUCUAUGAAGUCUGUAAUGUUCACUCCUCAUGUACUUACAGUCUUUUUGCCCAUAAAUGUCCAGCUGGGGAUAAGGGAAAUAUAAUGAGUUGUUUUUCACCGUCAGGUAGUUUCUAAUCAAUGUUUGUGUUUGAAAUCUAAUUAGAUCCCCUGAUGCACAAUUUAUGUGCCUUCCAGACAUCCUGAUGAAUUGAAUCUCACAAAGUAAUUUUGUCAAAUCAAAGAAAUAGAUAAACAUAUAAAAGUACCAAAACAGAGUUUGAGUUUGUGCUGAACGUCAUACAAAAGUACAUACAUUAUUCAGUAUUCAGUACAUAUCUCAUCCAUCUGGACAGUUUAGUGUGCAGUCACUCUGAAAAAAAGUCAUAGAUAUAUUUGGACUUAUUUGUCCACUCAUUAUUUAUAGGCUGUGAAUCAUGUCAUCUUCCGGCCCACCGCUCCGGCUAAAAAUGGCUCCUUUCAGCAAGACAGCUGCAAAGAAUUAACUCACAACAUCGCUCUUAGUUGCAUGUCAAUAAUGUUGGAGUCGGCAUCACACUCUGCUUUCAGAGCAAGCGUAACUACUGAGUGGUAAAGCAGCAGAACAGCGACAUGAUCACUGAACACGUCCCACGCUGUUUCAAAAGAAUCGUGGAUGCAUUAAACACUGGAUGAUGAAAUUCUCGAGAAGAUUUCCUUUAAGAGCCAGUUUAUGGACUACAGAGUAUGUCAAAGUAAGCAGAAACAAAGGAUUGCUUUGUAAACAUUAUGUAUCUGCGGGUCAAAAAGCAUUUUUGAUCUGCAGAAAUGCUUUUUUAAAAGUGUUAUUAGCAAAUAAAAGCUCUCAGUUUAGAAAAACUGAAAGAAAUUCUGACCAUAAAGUCUCGCUGACGCUUUGCUAAUGUUUCAAAAUCCUGCUUUCAACCUGGUCCUGCUUUAAAAUUAGCAGUUAGCUUGACUCUUCAAUCAGAACUAAUCUUUGCUUCUCUGAGGUCAGAGGUCAUUCAGACUUUUUCCAACGUUGGCUUAAAAAUGGCUGCUAAGAUAACCCUCUCUAAGCAAUCUAACUGAUUCCUUUGAGGUUUGGAUUGUUUAAGAUGGCAGGAAUCUACUUUGAAACCCUCCGUUAGCUUGACUGUUUGGUGUGAAACAAUCUUUACUUCUUCAAACUGAGAUAAUUGAAACUUAUUAAUUAUAAAUCAGAUAUUUAUUGCUCAAAAUCCUGCCCCAAACAGGUCCAGCAGUCCCUUUACAUUCAGAGUUGUUUUUGUACCUGGCUGUGAGCUCUGCGAUCAGGACAAAUCUUUGUUUCUCCAAACUCGAGUAAUGUAGAUUUAUUCAUUGCAAAUAAGAGAUUAAGAAGAAAAAAAACAUGAAUGCAAUAAGUAUUACAUAAUGAAUUUAUCUUAAGGAUGCAAACAUAAAAAGUUUGGUGAGCUGGAGAGUAAACAAACAUGAAACAGCUCCUCCUUGGACUUGGUUCUGCUCUGAUUAGCUGUUAACUUGAUUCACCUGCAGGAUACUGACUGCUCACAGUGUCUCCUCAGAGCCCCACUCUAAAUAAUCCACCUCCAUUUUUAAACUUGGAGUCGUUUUAAGGCAACAAAAAUAAAAUUUGAUCCUUAACAAUGCAAUGAUUCACUGCUAGCUUUCCACAACGGUGAACAAAUAUCCACCAUCUUUUUGUAUUAUUUGCAGAAUUUGACGGCCCAGAAAGCUGCAUGUAAGAUACUGACGGCUAAUUGCAUCGCCACAGAAUUUCACUAUAAACAAUUGAAACUGUUAGCUUAAGGUUGAAGUUGUUCGGAUCUUUUUCUAACUACUCGUUAGCUGAACUCAAUGGUGAAAGCUAAUCACUGUUUAAUGUACCGUAUUUUCCACACUAUAAGGCACACUGGAUUAUUUUAAAACUUUUUUCGUAUA